AUUCAUCUGUAAUUGUUCUCUAAGGUGCACUUAACAACUCAAACUUGUACUUCAUCAUUUUAAUGGAAAAGAUAACUCAGACGAGUAACAGAAAUUGUAGGCACUUGAUUUUCCCGAACCUGUAUAAAAAUCUUGUGUUCUUUACUUUAGUUAUCUACUAUUUUUCUUUUCCAGUUAAUUUUCUAGUUUGAUUGUUUAUUUGUAACAUAUAUAUAUAUAUAUAUUUGAAAAAGAAAAUGAUAUUACUUUAGGCCAUUAUUAAUUCAUGCCUAACAGCGCACAAAAUGGAAACACACAGUCAUUGCUAAUUAUUAAUAUACCAAAUAAUCAUUCUCUAUUAUUAUAACAUUCAUAAAUCUCCACUACUAUAUUACUAGUGACCAAACAACCCCAUUUUCUCUGUAGCUAUUUAUCUUUUCUUGCAAUCUAAGCCUUCUGUUUUCUCAAUUAUUUUAUUACACAUAUACUUUUCAUUUAUAUAAACUUUUACAACACCAAAACCCAUUUAAAGCAAGCCAGAGAACAUAAAGAGCGAUAAAACCCUAGAGAUAGCAAGAGAAAGAAGAAACAAAACAAGGCAGAGAGAUAGAAAGACCAGAUCAUGACCUCAGUUUGCAUAGCGAACUGUGUGAACGACGCACGUGAUCCGUGCGUCCCAGUCCGGCUCCGAGCCACUUACGUAAACCUUUACAAGUGGCCGGAGUCAGACGCGGAAUUUGUGAGGUCUGUCAGCUCAUUGCGUGGCUGCAGACCGGGAAGUCACGUGCGUUAUGGCCACCCUAGAGUGGUUGACAGCAUUUCAUGCAGGCAAAUGUACCUUCGGAGUUAUACAUUUUCCAGGAAAGAGACUGUCCCCGAGAAAACCCAGAAAUGUUUUGGUCGAGUUAAGAAAAUGGCUGAUGAUGAAGACCACUCUGAUCGUGAUAAUCAUGGGGAUAAGAAGAAUAAGAACCAGAAGAAGAGGGAAGAGAAGCAACAGCAGGGAAAUAAUAAUAUUAAUAAAAAGUCACAGAGCAGUAGUAAUAAAAAGAAGUGUUUGUUUCUCGGGAAAGUUAAGGAACUUUCUUAUACUGCUCUUUUUGGAAUCUUCCAAACGUGUUUGUCUUGUGCUGCUACUGUAGAUGUGGUUGAUCACUAAGAGGUACUCGCAGUUGUUGUUGUUUGUUCUUAAUGUAAUCGACACUACUUCUUUUAUUUAUUUAUAAUAAUAUUUCUGAGAUAUAUAUAAAAAUUAUAAAUGGGUGUGUACUUUUCUAUGUUUUUUUUUUCUUAUUUAUAUUAAUAUAGUUUAUUAUGACUUAAUUAGUAUUACUGAAUUAGUAGUAUAUAGACAAAAGAAAGUAAGAAAGGAAAUUGUUGGUCUCUUAGAUGUGUCUGUACAUGUAUUUUAAUUUUCCAUGUUUUGGGUUCUUAGAAAGUUUAUUUCUAUAAAUUUAUCUCAUAAUAAUCAACUAAUUAAUUAAUA